UAUAAAAGUACACCGCGUAGAAUUUAUCUUAAAAGUCAUCACUAACCGUGCGUCAGCAUCUCUUCUAAUUCCCCGAAAAUCUCAAUUAUUUUAACUGUUCGAUUGAUUUUUCCUUUGUCUCUUCGAUUCAUUCCCAAUUUUUGUCUGAUUCCACUGUAUAUAAUAAAAACCCUAAAUCUUUCAAUUCUAAUUUCUCAAAUUUCUCAGCUGCAACAAUGCUUCAUAAAAGAAGUUUCAAACCCGCGAAAUGUAAAACGGCUUUGAAUCUGGCGAAAUCGCGGAUUAAAUUGAUGAAGAAUAAAAAGGAUAUACAGUUGAAGCAAUUGAAGAGAGAAGUAGCGCAAUUGCUUGAGUCUGGCCAGGAUCAAACAGCUAGAAUUCGAGUUGAGCAUGUUGUUAGGGAGGAGAAGACCAUUGCAGCAUAUGAAAUGAUUGAAAUAUACUGUGAACUUGCUGUUGCGCGGUUGCCAAUCAUUGAAUCACAAAAGAAUUGUCCUCUUGACUUGAAAGAAGCUAUUGCGAGUUUAAUAUUUGCAGCUCCAAGGUGUGGAGAUAUUGUUGAGCUCCAGGAUAUCCGCAAGCAUUUCACGGCAAAAUAUGGUAAAGAGUUUGCAAGUGCUGCCAUUGACGUCCGUCCAGAUUGUGGAGUCAGUAGGCUUUUGGUUGAAAAAUUAUCUGUGAAGGCUCCCGACGGUCCGACGAAAGUCAAAAUCCUUACUGCUAUAGCGGAAGAACAUAACAUUAAAUGGGAACCAAAUUGGUUCAAAGAGGAAGAUGCUGCGCCAUCUGUUUACAUGCCGAAGGUAGCAGCAGCACUUCCACUGGAGGGCAAUAAGAUACAAAUGCAGCCCCUAAAUAUUGAAAUUGCUGAUGACCUUGAGGAUAAGCGUGCUGUUGGUACAGCUAGACCAGGGACUUCUUCUCAAAGCCAUACUCAUACAAUUAGUGAUUUAGUCUCAUCAUCUUCCACUUCUCAUCUUGAAUCUAGAUCAUCAGAGAGUUUGUCGCAGAAAUUAGGGUUCAGUCAGUCAUCUGGGACUGAAGAGAGUGCUUAUGCGGCUGGCAGGCAAAGAUGGAACAUGGAAUUCAAGGAUGCAACUGCUGCCGCUCAGGCUGCUGCUGAAUCUGCAGAGCUAGCAAGCAUGGCUGCAAGGGCUGCUGCAGAACUUUCUAGCCGUAGCAAUGUCAAGAGUGAUUAUUCUUCUGGACCUGGAUUUCCAUCUCUGCAUGGUCUGAGUGAGCAACACCGUGGCAAUGCUGGCAGCGGUCUGCAACACAGUCACAUGCAUAGAAAUUCAAUCAGUGGUUCACUUAAUCAGAGGAGUCCAAGAAUACAGAACCAUGAAGAUGCAAAUAGCCAAGGCAAUAUGACAAUGGGAGGUGAUGCCACAAACUUAAAUAGAUAUCAGGCUCAACAUGAAGUGCAGUUUGAGACAGGAAAACAAGAUUUUACAGAGAGCAGAAAUAGCAGAAGGCAAAGUGGAGAUCAUGAUUCUAGUCCUAUUGCCUCUAAAGCUGAACCCAAUAUGUUUGAACAAGAUCUUAGAGAGAGCAGAAAUAGCAGAAGGCAAAGUGGAGAUCAUGAUUCUAGUCCUAUAGCCUCUAAAGCAGAUCCCGAUAUGUCUAGAUCACCGGGCUUCCAAGAGUAUGAAAAUGAGUCAUCUGAGAAUCCUUUCCACGAAGAGACUGUGGAUAGGAAAAAUCAACCUAGCAACUUUCAUUCCAUAUCCGGCACUGUCGUGGAUGAGUAUGAUGUCUUCGCAAAAUCAAACUAUGAUAAGUACAGGAGUAAUUCAGGUGAUGGCUCUUUGGCUAGUUUCAGCAGAAAUACUGCUGACGAAGAAGAUUGGCAUGUAAAAAGUUCUUAUAUGUAUGAUGAGGAAGACAUGGCUUUCAAAAAUCAUAAAGAGGGAAAUAGAAUUCUGGAAUCUGAUGAAAGGUAUGGAUUGGACUCUGGAAGUGAUAUUUUUGUUGGUAAGGAUCGGAAGACAAGUGCCAUAGAUGAGAAAAGCAUUCGUACAAAUGCUGAAGCCCUUUUUGAUGAAUCGGGUUCUGAUGAUGAUGAUGUACUUGUCUUAAAUCCUGAAGAGGAAGGGAAUUUCCCUUCCCCUGAUAAAUCUAUGCAUAAAGGUUUCUCUGUUAAUGAAGACCGUCCUCAUUAUGAACCCGAUCUUUCAAAAAGUUUCAAAAACUCCUCAAUUUAUUCAAAAUUAAUUGAACCCAUGCCUGUUACUUUUGAUGAUUCUGAUGGAGCAAGUUCGGGGAGUGAAAAAGAGCAGCAGAGUGAGAGAACUGAUUCUGGAAUUUAUAGCAAUGAUUACCGGGAGUCUGAUAAAGAUCGCCGUUUGGAAAAUAUGAGAUCAUCAUAUGUAGAAAAAGGAACUGUUGAUUCUUUCAUGAGCAGUGAACAUAUGGAAGAGAACCAAAAUAUAUAUUCUCGUCCCGUUUCUACUAAUAGGUCUGGCUUUGAUUCUUCAAAUGCUUCACAGUGGAGUUCUGUAGCAGUGUCAAAUGACUUCAAAAGCCAGUCAAAUCAUGGUUUGCUUGAUAAAGGUGGGCCACAGAAGUCUUUCCAGUCCUUGAAACAUGCAGAGUUACAUCCUGCUUCUGAGUCCGAAUAUCAAAAUCAACCUAGAAUUGGAGGUGGUAUGGAGUUGAACUUAGAAGCAUUGCCUGGUGGACGACGAAAUAGGGCCCACUUGCGCAGAGAAAAAGGUGGAUUAGCUGAUGCUUCGUCUCCUUCAAGAUCUGCUACAGCAGCCUCGAGUGAUACCUUUGGUUCCAGGGAGAAAGCUUCUACUUCUGACUACAGACAAGCGCCGACGAAGUUGGGUGCGAUCCACACACAUUUUGACUCACCUGAUGAUAAUGCUGAGGUAUCAAUCACACCUAAGAGUUCAAAUAAUGCUGUGGGACCAUAUAGAUCGACAAUUGAUGGAAACGUGCGGAAAACAAGCCCAAGAGAUCCAACAGGAUAUUUUGAUUCUGAUGACAGCAGCUCUGACGAGGAUUUACCUAAACCUGCUGUCAGCAAAAAUGUUGUAGAUGCUGGACUUUCUCGGAGGACUAAGGGUUCUGCUCCAAGAUUAGUUGGCAGCUCUCGGACAUCUGCUGCUGCUGCUGCAACUACAGGCCGAUCACCAAGUUCCUAUACGUCUGGAGUUUCCAGCUCCGGGAUUGCGGACCAAACUAACAGUGAUGAUGAAGCAACUUUUGGCCAAAAUUUGGACAGAAAAACAUCUCAGAGUGACCAAAAUGUAUAUUCUUCAGGUGCAGAAAAGCCGAUGAGUGCAAAAAGUCACGAUUUUCCUGAGGCAUCAAUUACGAAAGAAAAGGCUCCAUCUAGAGAAAAUUCCAUUAACAACCCGAGCCAUGUUCAUCCCAAGCUCCCAGAUUUUGAGAAAAUUACAGCGCAGUUGCUAUCUUUACGGAAAAAUCGCAAAUAGCCAUUGAGUAACAUAUGUCAUAUAAUGUACAUAGCUAUUCAACAGGUCAGUGUACAUUUCAUGUUCAUAAAUAUCAUCACUUGAUAUUUAUACUGUGCAGCACAACUUUCAUGUGAUUAUGCAUAUUCCAUAUGUUAAAGGAGUCGUUACCAUAUAUACCACCCCUUAGGUUUUACUAAUUUGCCAAAACAAGGAUGUUAUUUGCAGCAUUGCUGUUUUAAGCAGAUUGAUGAUUUCAUUUCAUUUGUAAUGGAUACUCCAACAGGCUAUAUGAGAGAUAUACAGAUUUAUGGA